UGCAGCCUAACGUCGGGGAGGAACCACGAGUCUGACCCGGGGGAGCGGAGCUGACCCAGAGGGACCGAGCCAAGGCGCCUCGUCCGGGGGACACCUCUUAAGCUACAGCCGCUGUCUCGUGACUGCACCGGGGCUCCCACUGCGCGCUCCUGGCCCGCGCGGCUGGAUCGACUCAGCCGCCUGGCGACGCUCGUCAGCCGCCAACCACAACCACCAACACCGCAGCAGCAGCAGCAGCAGCUAGCGGGCUAACUAGCCUCCAGCGGAGUGGGCAGGUAUCCGUGGAACAACAAGCCGGAUUUGAGGAGGGGUCACCCGGCUGGAUAUAUUCCCGGGAGGAGGUGUUGAUAACCCCCGGUUCCCGACGCCUUCCCGCGCUUGUCCCCCCCACCCCGGAUCCUCGCUCCUGUGUCCCCGCAGCCUCCUGACCCGUUCGCCGCCGAGUUCAUGCGCGCUAGCCUCGGCUGGUGCUCGCUAGCAGGGAUGUGUCACCGCAGCUAACGGACCCACACUUGUGUUCGCCUGUGUUGUGUUGUGGUCCCCGAGAGGCCGAAGAGGGGGGUGCAUCAUCCCGCCUAACGCCUGCUCAUCCGCCGUGCUUUUAAUGUCGUGUCCCCCGCCGGCGACUGGUCCAUCCAGAAGAACCAGACGCGGGGCAUGCAGGAGGAGAAAACCCCGCAGAUAAGCAGAUAGGACACGGGGACAGCAACUCAACUGGGUCGGUUCGAUUGACCCACUAAACCGGGCGUAUUAUACAGCAUCAGACGGGCGAACUGAGAGAGGGAGGUGGGGCGGAAGGAUGAAGAAGUUUUCCCGGAUGCCAAAGUCGGAGAGUGGCGGGCUCGGAGGGGCCGGGUCCGGCUCCAGCUCCGGGGUCAGCAGCUACCUCGGGAAAGUGUUCGCGGUGGGUCGGUACCAGGUGACCGUGGAGGAGCUGGUGGCUGAGGGAGGCUUCUCUGUGGUGUUUCUGGCUCGGACGCACAGCGGCGUGCGCUGCGCUCUCAAGCGGAUGUACGUCAACAACGUCCCGGAUCUGAACGUCUACAAGAGAGAGAUCACCAUCAUGAAGGAGCUCUCGGGCCAUAAGAACAUCGUGGGCUACCUGGACUCGACCAUCAGCCCCGUGUCCGACACCGUGUGGGAGGUGCUGAUCAUCAUGGAGUACUGUAAAGCCGGUCAGGUGGUGAGGCAGAUGAACCAGCGGUUGAACGUGGGCUUCACUGAGGCCGAGGUCCUUCACGUCUUCUGUGACACCUGUGAGGCCGUGGCCCGGCUGCACCAAUGCAAGACGCCCGUCAUCCACAGGGACCUGAAGGUUGAAAACAUCCUGCUGAACGACCAGGGGAACUACGUGCUGUGUGACUUCGGGAGUGCGACUCACAAAGUGCUGCUGCCACACAAAGACGGAGUCACUGCUGUGGAGGACGAGAUUAAGAAGUACACGACCCUGUCAUAUCGGGCACCGGAGAUGAUUAACUUGUAUGCAGGGAUCGCCAUCACCACUAAAGCUGAUAUAUGGGCACUGGGAUGCUUGUUGUACAAGCUGUGUUUCUUCGCUCUUCCAUUUGGGGAGAGUCAAGUUGCCAUAUGUGACGGAACCUUUAUCGUUCCAGAUAACUCCAAAUACUCCAUCAAGUUGCACUGCUUGAUCAGAUACAUGCUCGAACCAGAUCAGGAGAAGAGACCAGACAUUUACCAAGUGUCCUACUUUGCCUUCAAGUUAGCUGGAAAAGACUGUCCGGUGCCAAAUCUCUUCAACUCUCCCAUCCCCACGACGCUCCCAGAGCCGCUGACGGCCAGCGAGGUCGCUGCUAGGAAGAGCCAGACAAAAGCCAGGAUAACGGAAUCUGUCGGCCCGACGGAGACGUCGAUAGCUCCCCGGCAGAGGCCGAAGGCGGUGAACAGUAACGUGCUGCCCCUCGCCAACACCGUCACCCCCGUGAAGAUGGCCGUGCCUUCGGCCCCCGUCAGCAACGGACAGAAAGCUCCCACCCCCGGCUCCGGCCAGCUGUCCGUGCAGCCGCAGCCGCAGCCGCAGCCGCAGCCGCAGCCGCAGCCCAGCAGUCAGCAGCACCGGGUCCUGCAGCAGCUGCAGCCCGGAGACCUGCGUCUGCAGCAGCUGCAGCAUCACCAGCAGCAGCAGCAUGCAAAUGCUCAGCAACUCCAAUACCUCCAGUACCAACAGGCUGUGCAGCAGUCCCUCCAGCUCCAGCAGCAGCAGGCUUUGCUCCAGCAGCAGCAGCAGAUGAUGAUGCAGCCCAUGUACCAGCAGCAGGUCGCUCAGGCCCAGGCUCAGUACGCAGCCAUGAUGCAACAGUACCAACAGGCUUUUGUGCAGCAGCAGCAACAACAACAACAACAAUAUCAUCAUAAACAACAACAACAUCAUCAUCAUCAACAGCAGCAGCAGCAGCAGCAUCACCCCCCCCAGCAGCCUCUCCCCUACAUGCCCUCCCCUCUUGACUUCCAGAUCCCCCUCGGCUCUUACAACACUACCACCCCCUCUGCUGGACCUGCAGCAGGAAGUGGACCGAUGGGGGGGAUCUCACCUGUGGAUCCCUCGUACACCAACUCCAGUAGAAACCCUCUGCUGGGCCCUGACGGCGUCACCCCUCCCCCUCAGAGCUGCAACAGUGCAGCGAGCAACCCCCCCGACAUGUCGGGAUGGAACCCCUUCGGAGAGGACAACUUCUCCAGGCUGACGGAGGAGGAGCUGAUCGACCGGGAGUUCGAUUUGCUCCGAGCAAACAAACCUGUGGAGACGGAGCGACCACAGCCUGCCGCCGCCACCAGGCCCCUCCUGCCCGAGGACCUGUUCGGCUCAGUCCCGUUCGUGGCCAGCGCAGGAUCGACCCCUGUGACGCAGACUGAGCAGAGCAGCGAGGAGGCCAGUGUUCCUCCUCCUGCUCCUCCUGCUCCUCCUCCUCCUCCUCCUCCUCCUGCUCCUCCUCAUCCUCUGGUCUCCACCUCUACAGACGGCCUGCAGCCUCCUGCGGUCAGGGAGCACAAACCCCUCAGGAGGACUAACUGCAGGUCAGGUGAAGAGUCCGACAGCGACUUUGAGUCUGACCCUCCUUCGCCGAAGAGCAGCGAGGAAGAGGAGCCGGAGGAGGAAGAGGCUCUGAACAGUGAACACGGAGACGACACCGAGCCGGAGAACUUGGGACAGAGGCCUCUGCUGAUGGAUUCCGAGGAGGAGGGCGAGGAGGAGGAUGACAAGCACAGUUCGGACUCGGACUACCACCCCGGCAGGGUCAAAGGUCGCUCUAAGAAAUCUGCUAAAUCGGCUCCCGCUGCCACCAGGGGGAGCCGUGACGGAGACUCUGUCCUGCCCCUCAUCAGCCCUCUGGAGUCGCCCAGUGGAUCCAGAGCUGCUCCGGCUGAGGAGCCCGUAGACGUGUUUGGGUUCGGUCCCUUCGCUGGAGGAGCUCCGCGGGUGGAGCCUCCAGAGAACGUCUUCGCCAAAGCUCCUUUCAGACAAGUCGGCCAGGAGCCGCGGGCAGCCGCCGACUUCGAUGUCUUCACCAAAGCUCCGUUCACCCGGAACCUCUCCAUGUCCGGCAAGAGCGGCAGCGAAGCUCCAACGGGCCAAUCGCCGCCCGGCUCCCCCGAGACCUUUGACAUCUUCGGCUUCUCGCCCUUCCACCCGGGCUCCGCGGCGCCACCGCCCGUGACCUCGAGGAGCGCCGACGACAUCUUCCAGCCGUCUCACGAGGAGCCGGCGAGUCCUCGGCAGCAGAGGCUGAAGCAGCGCAGCCUCCAGAAGCUGUCGUCCCGCCAGAGAAGAACCAAGCAGGAGGCCACAGCGGGGGGGAGCAAGCGGCACCACGGCACGCCCACUGGGGGGCGCAAGACCAACAAGCCCGCCUACCGCACGCCGGAGCGGGUCCGCAGGCACAAGAAGGUCGGCCGGAGAGACUCCCAGAGCAGCAACGAGUUCCUCAGCACCUCCGACUCCAAGGAGAACAUCAGCGUGGACAUCACCAUGUCGGGGGGGAAGGACAAGGGAGCGUCUCUGCCGCCGGACGACGCCAUCGACGCCAUCUUGGACCCGUUUGGAGCCAAGCCGUUCCAUCCUCAGGACGGAUGCCGGCACAGCCAGUACCACGGCCUGGUGGACAGUAAGAGUGACAUGGGCCCGGCCAAUGGGAGGAGCAGGACGGGCUCUCUGCAGGCUGCCCUGGGAGAAGGGGGGGACAUGGAUGACUUCGGGGCAGUGCCCUUCACAGAGGUGGUCGACCAGCAGGGGGCGCCCUCUCAGCCGGGGGAGCUCGACCCGUUCGGAGCUGCACCUUUUCCCUCUAAACAGUGACCCCCCCCCCGAGCUUCUUCUGGUUUGGGAUCCCUUUCCAAUGAAAUGCUCUGAUGCUUCUUUUUUGACCACAUUUUGCUACGCCGUCACUUUUAAUACGGUAGAAGCUGAAACCUGUGGAGUGGCGCUGUUCCCACGUCUCCUUCAGCCCCCCCCCCCCUGCUCGCUGAGGCCUUUUAACGCUGCAUCUCGACUCUAGAAGAAACCGAACUCGAUUGAACUGUGAUCACGUUAGCGUCAGAAAGCUCCUCGUGGCCUUGGGCUCCACCGACUCGUCUCUUAGCACCACGAAGCCUUACCGGAGCUCGGCCCUGCCUUGCUGCACAGAACCUCGGGAAGUCUGACCCAGUCGGUUCACUUCAGUGGAACCGGUUUGACCAGUAACCACUUUGUUUCAGACUUCCCUCUAUGCAGAAGAUCCCAGUCGUCUUCACGCAGCCAGAUGUUGUGAUUCGUUUUGCACCUGGAACACGAGGAGGGAUCGGAUUCGGUUCCACUUCCUUAAAAAUACUGUUUGUUUUAAAUUAGGCUCUUAACUGUUUUCUUCAAUUUCUUCUUUCCUUUCUUUUAGCGUUAAGUUUUUCAUGAAGUUUCAACCUCAUCACUUUCUGUUAGAAAUAAAACACGAAGCCACGUUUGAUCGCUAGCUUUGGAUUUGGGUUGUAAGGUCGACUCCUCUGGAAACUGAACAUCACUGCAGACUCAGUGACAAAUGGGGUUUGCACCUUUUUUAGUUAAUGGACUAAUUUGACUUAUAUAGUCAGCAAAUCCACGAAAAGACCAAAAUCAAUUAAUGACUGUAAAUUGAUGAGUUAAUUGAAAAGACAGUUUCUCUCUCGUCCAUCUGUUUGAUACGAAGAUGGAACCUGUUGAUGUAGCGGGAAACAGGGAACGAGCCUGGUUCUGUUUUAAAGGAAUAACUUGACAUUUUGGGAAAACAUGUAUUAGUUAUAUCUGCUCGAUGUGAAGCUGCAGCCGUGUCAGCUCGACUUAGAAUCUAAAUGCUUUUGGUCUUUUCAAGGGAUUUGUCAACAGAAGAGAAGAUGCCCGACUUUCCAACGAGGGAUAGAAGGCGAUAAAUCUGUGAUGUAAUAUUCAGGUGAUUUGUCCGACUGCACUUUUUAUCCCUGAAUCUAGAGUUCUGUGAUUUCUGCAUCGACGGCCUUAAGCUCUGAAUUCACCUCCACUCGCACCUUUUCAAUUAAAACCCGCCGGUGGCUGCGUUUCCACCGGUGGAACAUUUCA